AUGUUCAAGCGGGCGUUCCAGGGAGGACCCUUCAUUUCGCUGCUUGAAAUAAAGGGCCAAGCACCUGCACAAGGAUGGAACAUGAAGAAGGCUACUAUUGCCCGUAAUUACAACAAGGAGAUGAAAACUUAUGUUCUCGAUGUUGACGGCCCCGUUGGCUCAAAGAUUACAAUGCCCGAGGCGCCCGAGAAACAAGUUCUUGGCAUCAUACAACCGUUUCUCUUGAUGCAAUUAUUUAUUCCCAAAGACCAGAUUUUCUCCUUGAACUUAGGUGUUGCCGAUUGCUCCAAAAACAGAAUUAGACUAUACUUUUCAACAGCUAAUAAAGUAGUAAAGAUAACCUCUCUCCAUGCCAGGUUGCCACUGCACGCAGUCGCAGGUGCGUGGUCAUGUCUCGUCUUCGAUUUAAUGGAGAUUACUCGCAGCUGCUUUCCGAAUUCAGAAUUUGCCAGUCUGAAUUCUGUUGAGAUAAUGCCGUGCUGUACCUUACUGCGCGUUUUCACUGUCAAGACAUGCCCUCUUCCCACCCUGGAGCUCUAUUGUCCGAAAGACGAAGAAGACGCGCGCGCAAAUCCGCGUAUGCCAAAGCCCCGGUUUAGCCUUAGGCAGUAUGCGCCUUUAGACAAGAAGGUGGAGAUUGGGAUUGAUGUGCACGUACAGGUGUUGGAUGAAUUUUACCUCUCGCUCUUUCGUGAAAACAAGCCAAAUACAGACCUUGCUGUACGGGACAGAGAUACUCUCCUAGAGGCCCGCAAAGAAUUCAUCCCUGGUUAUAGGGAAGCAGAAGAGAAGCCUCCUGAAUCGGUCAAAAUUGUAAAGAAUGCACCACUAAUUCAGAUUGAUGCAGGUGCCCAUACCGCUGCCAAGACUGUGAGAUCAGAUCCUGAUGCAACAGUAUCUCCGAAAGACUCUGAUCCCGUCCCGGAACGGAAGUAUAACGUUUUGGCUAGCGAAUCCCACGAUCAGCCUCCUACACAUAUUAAGCAAAGCACAGAUGCCAGGGCAGCGAAGGGGCGCCAGGUGGCAAAGCCUUCUGGGACAGGCAGCAUUAGAGCAGCUAUAGAGUUCAAUGCCAAGCAAGAUGAUAGCAGUGUGGCAGCUGCAUCUAUUGGUCGUGAGAAGAGUCAAGAUUUUGUGCGGCAAACCAGCAAAAUACCAAAGAUGAGUGCACAAUGUGACACUACUAAUAGCGUAAUAGAUCUGACUCUCAACGCCAUCCCCGUUGUGCUAAAUCCAGAGCAGUGUGGAAAGAGCGCAACUAGUGCAAAUGGGGUCACCACUGAUAGAGCUACUACGCCAGUUACACGGCUCAAGGGAGUGCGGGUUGGUCUUGUGGACGAUGAAGUUCUCGGGAGCAUGGUCGAGACCCAGAACUAUGCUGUUCUGGGAGAUGCAAAUAUGCCAACUGAUACCGCUGCUCCAGGCAGCAACAAAAUGGAUACCAGCAAAAUGGCUAGGAGCAUGGUCAAUACCCUUGUAACUUCUAACCGGACAAUACCACAGGAUCUUAUCGACACUGUCUAUAGUGUCGCUACAAAUGAAGGGCAGCCAGACUCUGAAGACAUAGAGGAUUAUGACGGCGGAGUAGACGACCUUGGGGGGCAAUUUACAAAUGCACACGCAAGUGUAGUUAACGAUGAUGCCAAUGAAGGUGAUAGCGACAGCUCCUACAGCUACUACUCAACGGACAAUGAUAAUGAUGACAAUGACGAUAUCCCUGAUCCGGCCCCAGAUGGGGAGACGCACUCUGCUGUGCCAGAUCCAGCUACCAAUCUCCGCCUUGCCAGUCAGCUAUCUGGUGGAAUAAGAUACGAUGAAAACACAGGUGUAUACUUAGAGAUUGAUGAUUCCAAUAUCCCUGGGCCUAUGGACGAAUAG